UGCAAAUAUUGAACAAACAUGCAUUCUGCUUAUUACAGUUAUUUUAUUUGCAAACAUGCUGCAAGUUGGCACCGUUGUUAGUCGCUUUACGUGUAUUAGGAUGAAGUGGCAAGUACCUCUUUUAUCUGUUAUAAUAGUUCUAUGUCUAGAAGCAGGAAUGGCAAAAGAAAUACGUCCGUUGAAUACCGAAGCUGCACAAAGAACUGCGAAAUUUUUCGGCGUAGGACUGGUGAGAUUCCAGAAUGCACCAUGUAAAAGUGGAAGUAAUUUGGACGGUACCUGUUAUAGGCGAAGACAAUGUGCAGAUAUAAACGGUGCUGCAGGUAGCAACUGCGCUUCCGGUAUUGGUGUUUGCUGUAUAAUUCAAAGGACAUGUGGAGACACAUCGAGCUGGAAUAGUACCUAUUUCUCGAACGCAAAUUUUCCAACCGCUGUGACGGGAAAUACAAGAUGUGUCAUGACAAUCCAAAGAUGCAAUCCAGAUAUAUGUCAGGUCAGAAUAGAUUUCCUCAGUAUGUCUCUCGCCCAGCCGAACGCCACUGGGGUAUGCACGACGGACGCACUGCUGAUUACGGGGGGCGCAGGGAAUGUUCCUGUUAUUUGUGGAGAGAAUACAGGACAGCACGUGUAUGCGGACUUUAAUGGAAACGAUAAUAUUGUCAUGACGAUUACUACAGGGGCUUCCAGCAAUUUGGGUAGAAACUGGAACUUCAAAGUUACGCAAAUUGCUUGCGCAUGUCCGACAAGAGCACCCUCUGGUUGCCUCCAGUUCUUCAACUCAACUUCAGGAACCGUCAAUAGUUUCAACUUUGGUACUGGCGGUAACAGUAUUGACCCGAAUACUGGCUUACCAGGAACCAGGCAGCUUGUUAAUCAGAACUACGGAGUUUGCGUUCAUAUGUUACCUGGAUAUUGCUCUAUCCGAUGGAGCUCAAACAACUUCGUGGUAUCUGGCGUACCGCAGGCGAACUUUGGAGCACUUACCAACGGCGAUUGCACAACAGAUUUCGUUGUCAUCCCGAAUCCGUCUUACAUAAACGGUACACCUGUCAACUCUGACAGGUUCUGCGGAACAGCAUUUAAUACCGUCACCACUUCUUCAAAACCGUUCGUCAUGACGGUGGUGACGAACGGAGACGAAACAAACGACGUUCGAAAUGAAGGAUUCUCGAUGAUGUUUACUCAGCUACCUUGCACGAAUGAUGUUAUCGCAGUGGGAAGAAAAUAAACAAAUUAUAUGAAA